AUGGAUGAGCAUUUGCAUCAUUUGAGACUUAUGCUUGAUGUGUUGAGACAUGACAAAUUAUAUGCGAAAACAAAGAAGUGUUCCUUCUGCUUAGAGAAAGUUGUUUUUCUUGGUUUUAUUGUGAGUGGUAAGGGUAUUGAAGUUGAUGAAGAGAAGGUCAAAGCCAUUAGGGUUUGGCCAACUCCUAAAAAUGCAUCUAAAGUCAGGAGUUUUCAUGGAUUGGCUAGUUUCUACAGAAGAUUUGUGCCUCAUUUUAGUUAUAUUACUGCUCCUCUGAAUGAACUUGUCAAGAAAGAUGUUGCAUUUGAGUGGAAAAAGAAACAUGAACUUGCAUUUGCCAAAUUGAAAGAUAAGUUGUGUUUUACACAAUUAUUGAGCGUACCUGAUUUUGAUAAAACAUUUGAGAUUGAAAGUGAUGCUAGUGGUGUAGUGGAUCACCGCACCCCUCGAUCUGCAGUUCCUGCUCGAUUCAUUGGCGAGAAGGCUGCAAUGUUCCAAUAA